AGUAUCUAUUGUUGCUGUAUGAAUCUACACAAUUACUUACAAAAAAGAUGAUUCAAAAUAUCGAUUGUGAAACCUGUAAAGACAGAAAAAAGCUAGAAACUUUAUUAUUAAAUGAACAUAAAUUUUUAGGCCUUAAAGAACUUGUUUAUUUAUUAGAACCUUUUGCAAAAGCAACAUCUCUUAUGAGUAGAGAUACAUAUUCUACAGUUUCUCUUAUGCUUCCGACGAUUGCAACUCUUCAAGAACACCUAUUUGAAGUAGAAUCAAUACUUACUCACCUAGUUGUUUGUAAUGUUAGAAAUAAAAUAGAACUUAACAUAGCCAGUCAAUGGGAAGAUCCAGUAAUAGAAGGAUAUUUGGCUUCAAUUUUGGAUCCUAGGUUUAAAAAUCUAGAAUUUGUUUCUGAAAAAUUCAAUGAAACAAAAAUAUCUCUAAAGCAGCAAAUGAGAAUGCUGUUAGAUGAAAAUAAAUAUUUAGAUGACCAACCAACAGCAAAGCCAUCUCCAAACUUGGCAUCUUUUUUUAAUAAUGCCACCCCUACUAAAAAAUUCUCUCCAAUUGAUACAGAAUUAAAAACAUAUUUCAACUUGCCUCAAAUGAUAUUAUAUGAUCUCGACGAUCUGGACAUGAUUUCACUUUGA